AUGCAGCGCAUCAGCAAUGACAAAGGCCCACUGCGGGUCUGCAUUGUGGGAGGUGGAUCGAGCGGCAUCCUCGCUGCACGUCAGAUGCUUGACGAGGGCUUCGAGCCAGUCAUCUACGAGCUGUCGUCCAGUCUGGGUGGCCUGUGGGCCUACCGCGGCGACAGCCAGGAAGGCCUACCGUCCGUCAUGUGGUCUACCGUCAUAAAUAGCAGCAAGGAACUGGGCGCAUUCAGCGACUUUCCCCCUCCCAAAGAGGCUCCCAACUUCAUGCACCACACCAAGAUGUUGGCGUACAUCAGGAACUACGCAGACCAUUUCGGCAUCACGGGUAAAGUGCGCCUGCGUCACGAAGUCCUCCGUGUGACACAGGCCGAGGACUACGACUCCACUGGUCGCUGGGACGUACUCGUCAAGGAUCUCAACGGUGACGUUGAGUGCAGAGAGACCUUUGACGCAGUGUUAGUGGCCUCCGGGCACUACGGGUUCCCUAACGUUCCCACGUUCAAGGGCCAGGAGAAAUUCAAGGGCAAGAUCGUUCACACGCACAGCCUCAAGGUCCCGGACCAGUUCAAGGACAGGAGGGUUGCCGUCGUGGGCAUCGGAAACUCUGGCGUCGACGCUGCCGUUGACGCAUGCCAUGUGGCUGCCGAGGUGCACCUGUCGACGAGGCGAGGAUCGUGGAUCUCACGGAGGGUGGGGCCGCACGGCAAGCCGAUUGACUUCGCGCUGUCCACCAGGGCGCGUAUCCUAAAGGGUCGCCUGCUGCCUCUUUCCGUCAGCCUCGACACACACGAAGCGAUGCUGAACCGCAACUUCAACCACGAGGCCUAUGGACUCCGGCCCAAGCACCGCAUAAACGCCCAGCAUCUUACCAUGAAUGACGCCCUACCGUCCCUGAUCGUCAGCGGUCUCAUCCGCAUUAAGAAGACCAUCGUUGAAUUUACCGAGGACGGCGUACUUUUUGAAGGUGACGAGGAGGUGACGAAGUUGGACGACGUGAUCCUGGCCACGGGCUACCAGUUCAAGUUCCCCAAGCUCUCCGAGGACGUGAUGCCGGCCGUGGUGGACAACGAGGUCCAACUCUACAAGUACGUGUUCCCGCCGGGCCUAAAGCACCCGACCCUGGCUGUCAUCGGACUGGUGCAGCCCCUCGGCGCCGUCUUCCCCAUCGCCGAAAUGCAGGCCCGCUGGAUGGCGCAGCUUCUGGCCGGCAAGUGCAAGCUUCCUCCGCAGCCCGAAAUGUACCAGGACAUCGCAAGAACCAGGGCAGCCCUGCGACGGCGUUUCGUCGACUGGCCCCGCCACACAGUCCAGGUGGACUGGGUCCGGCAUAUGGACGAACUGGCGGACAAGAUCGGCGCCAGACCGAAGCUGCUCAAAUACUUCUUCACCGACUACGAGUUGUUCAGGGCUCUGCUGGGACCUACCGUCCCGUACCAGUACAGACUCGAAGGGCCGCAUCCUUGGGCAGGGGCUAGAGACGCUAUCUUGGGAACAGAACGAAGAGUUUUCUAUCCCCUGAAUAGUAGCUGCACUAGCUUCGAAAUGACGAAUCGCAGCUUCCCAACGUUCUACGCUAUCCUAUCUUCGAUUACUAUCCUUAUCGCGUACUUGGCCUAUAAGGCAUGCAGAGAAUCUUAG